AUGGACCCAAACUCCGUCGUCAUCCGCCUUCAACAAGAACUCGACAAUGAGCACCUCAACCUCGAUGAGAUGAGUCAACUUUACCACGACCAUGCUCAACAGGUUGAGGACGCCAACGAUUCUCCAACUCCGAUCUUGGACAGCUUCUUUGCGCAAGGCGGAAAUGCCUCGUUAACAACGAUGAUGAACUUGACGCUUGCGGAGUUCGAAUCGAUCUGGGCAAUCGUUGAAUCAACAGUAGUUCCAUCUUGGACGCUGGGUCGCGGUCGAAAGUCGCCCACGUCUACUAAAGAUGCCUUCUACAUGACAUUGGUGGUGCUCAAACACUACAAUCCUUGGGAUAAGCAUGCUCUCGACUUCAGGAUGAAAGCGCCUACAUUCGAGAAGAUGAUUCAUCGCAUGAUUGACCUCGUUGAGCCCGUCUUGUACGGCCACUACGUCCAACCAGUUACCAUGACGCAACAGAUUGAACGCGACCGCACCUUUUCCAACUUCCCAUCAGCGCUGUACUGUACCGUCAAGUUCCAGCCCUCUUACCGCCCCAUGGACGAUUUGAUGAAGCCAAACACUAUUACUCCGGCAAGCACAAGCUUUAUGGCUUGA